AUGUCAAAUGUCAUUCUAGCACUCACGAUCGUAUUCUAUUCCACAUUACUUGUUCAUGCUGACAUGAACUCUCCCAUCAUCUCUCCCAAUGAAUAUCCAAGCUCAGUUCGAACUCCCCAAUACAAACUCUUCUGGAAAUUUCACACUCAAACUCCUGGUGUCAUUCAAUCCACAGAUGUGAUUGAAUUUGCCAUUCAAGCUCAAACACGUGGAUGGCUCGCUCUCGGUCUCGAUUUCCAAGACGGAAUUGGUAUGAAACAAGCAGAUUGUUUCAUUGGUUUCUUCGAUCAGGAAAACUCUCAACCCAUGAUUUACGAUUUUUGGCUUCCUGGAAAAUCCAUUCCCAAAAACGAUUCCUUAUUCGGAGGUGUCGAUAACAUUUUGCAACGAGCAGGAAGUCUCAACUCUCAAGGAGUCACUACUUUAAAAUUCACUCGACUCAUUGAUACUGGAGAUGUUCAUUCGGAUCAUGUUGUGAAAAACAAAACCAUUGCCAUUAGUUGGGCGUUCAAUGUUCACACUCAAGACAUUACACAGAAACAUACCUAUCAUGGAGAUUUUGAGGUGAAUUUAGUGACACAUGUGGGUGAAUUGAAUUUAUAUCCUGAACCAGUGUUGCAAUUUCAUUUGAUUGCUACUGGAAGUGUGGCUUUGGUCAUGAUUUGUUUUGGUUUAUCGUAUUCCAUCUUUUCCAUGAAAGAAAAGAAUUUUUUUAUUGAUUUGGUUUUCCAUAAGAGGUUAUUGAAAUUAAUCAGAAAUCGAUGGUUAGGCUCCAUGUUCAAUUCAAUUUUGGAUUUGACAUUGGGUGAGGUGUUUUUAGUUUUGUGUCAUUUGUGUUUGGCCACGACAUGGUUUUUAUAUGGUUACUUUAAUGCAACUUCUUCACAAGUAGCAAAAGGAUUGGCCUACGCUUUGAUUUUCAGUUUAGCAACAACUUUAUUACCUAUAACUCGUUAUUCUGUUUUUAUUCAUGUGUUUGGAAUUUCAUUUGAACGAGCUGUGAAAUUCCAUAAAUGGCAAGCACGAUUGAGUUUCUUAUUGGCCACCAGUCAUGGUAUUUUGAUGGUUGUUUCGAGAGCCAAUGAUAAUAAUUUAUUGGAUUUAGUGAGUGUGGACUCUCCUGAUUUUGUUCUCUUUGGACCCAUUGCUUGGUUCUCUUUAUUGAUUUUAAUCAUCUUCUCGUUUCAAACGAUUCGAAGAAAAUUAUGGGAAUUAUUCAAGGCAGUACAUUACAUCUUUGUUCCAACUCUAUUAGUGAUGAUUUCCUUGCAUGCCAAUGGAUGGACUCGAACGUUACCAAUUUUAUCCAUUUCCUUGUUCUUGCUCGUUGUGGAUCAUGCAUUGAGAAUGGUGUUAGGUUAUUUGGUUCCUGCUCGAAUUGCUCGUUUGGAAUACAAUGAAGAAACUCAAGUAACGACGUGUGUGUUUGAAAAGCCACAGUUUGCAUUUUGGUCUUUGGAUCGAGAGAGUUUGGGAAUGGGUAAAUUUGUCUAUGUCUAUAUACCAAGAGUGAAUGCAUUCCAAGCCCAUCCAUUCACUGUGAGUAGUUUUACAAAAUUGGAUUCGACAGUGGAAUUCACAUGUCAUGUGAAAAAUUUGGGACAUGGAUGGACACAAUCAUUGGCCAAAGUCGCUCAAGAAAAGUAUCACUCCUCUGGUGAAUUGAUGGCUCGUGUCGAAGGUCCGUACGGUAAACUCUCCGUGCAUUUACCUUCGUACUCAACAGUCAUACUCGUUGCAGGAGGUAUUGGAAUUACACCCAUUCAUGCUAUUUAUUCGGAAUUGAUGGCCAAUAAGGGAACCAAUCAGAAUGUGUAUUUGGUGUGGACCAUGCAAAACAAUGCCUUGUUACAACAUUUUCCAGCGCUCUUGAAUCAGAAAGAAAAUGUGAAGCAGAGUUUCUAUUUUACAAGACAGGAACAAUUUAAUGCAGCUGCUGUCAAUGGUCAAACAGAUGCGAGAAUGCACUUUGGAGAGAGACCAAACUUUGAAAAGAUUUUGGAAAAUAGUGUCUUGUCGAGUGUGGAUUCAUUUAGUGACAAGUAUGCGGCUGUGGUUGUGUGUGGACCUCAUGAAAUGAUUGUCGAUGUGAAUAAUGGAGCUAGAAAUGCCUCAAAAUCCACUGGUGUGAAGUUUCACAUCCACAAAGAAGUGUUCGAGCUCUAA